CACACAUAUUUUGGAGCAAAAAUUACUCCACACCAUCAGGGGUAGUUAGCCAAAGCUACCUUACUGCAAUCACCAUUUUCCUUCUCCCAAAAACAAAUCUAGCUUUGAUAUUUUUGUUUUCUUAAUUCUCUUGUUUCUUCAACUUCUUUUCUUCCUCUUGUUUUUAUAUGAUGGGGGAAGAAUUUCAAUACAUAAUUUCUCGUUUUGUUUAGAUUGAAAAAAAAAAAAAACAGAAAAAAAAACAGGAGACUGGGAAGAUGUUACAAAGGGCUGCAAGCAAUGCCUACUCAUGGUGGUGGGCAAGCCACAUUAGGACUAAGCAAUCCAAAUGGCUUGAAGAGAGCCUUCAAGAUAUGGAGGAAAAGGUGUUUCACAUGGUGAAGCUCAUUCAAGAAGACGGAGACUCGUUUGCCAAAAGAGCAGAGAUGUACUACAAGAGACGGCCGGAGCUUAUAAACUUCGUGGAAGAAUCUUAUCGCGCUUUUAGAUCGUUGGCGGAGAGGUACGACAAGUUAUCCAAGGAUUUGCAGAGCGCGAACCAUACUCUGGCCACUCUCUGCCCUGAACAAUUUCAGAUGGAGAUGGAUGAAGACGACGAGUACGGCUCACCUAAAUCCCGCCGGAACUGCCGGCCAGUCCAGCGGCCGGGGACGAACAUCCCGAAGGCGCCGGCUAAGAAACUGAAAGUGGUUAUAACAACCGCGGCUGUGUCCAACAAACUGCAGCCGAAGAAACCGGAGCCGCCGGAGGUUGUGAAGAAAACUACUCCGAAAUCGGGCCUGACGAUGAACCAGGCAACCGAUGAGAUCGAUAAGCUGCAGAAGGAGAUUCUGAAGCUGCAAACCUCGAAGGAGUUCGUGAAGAAUUCGUACCAGAGCGGGCAAGCCAGGUACAAGGGGAUGGAGAAUCAGAUCACGGAAAUGCAGCAGAGAGUGGACAGAUUGCAGGACGAGUUCGGGGUGACGAAGGCGAUCGAAGACGAGGAGGCGCGGACUUUGAUGGCGGAAACCGCGCUGAAAUCGUGCCGAGAAACCCUAGCGGAGCUGCUGGAGAAGCAGGUGAGAGCCGCGAGAGAUGCGAGGGAAGAAUACAAGAAGCUUGAAGACGCUCGGAAGAGGAUGAAUGCUAUCAAGAUUCCGGAUAUCUUUAAUCAGAAGAAGGAAGCAAAUGAAAACAGUAGUGAUCUGGUUUACAAGUCAGACAGCUCGAGGAAAGCAGUGAGUGAAGCCAUAGAAUCAUUGCAGGAGAAAAUCAAGGAACAGCUUGAUGGAAACUCCAUUGAAUCUCUGACUGUGACUCAACUAGUAGAGAAGAUAGACGGGCUUGUGAAUAAAGUGGUAGACAUGGAAACUUCAGUUUCUACUCAGACAAUUCUGAUAGACAGAUUGAGAGGAGAAGCCAUUGAUUUCCAGAAAAAGAUUAAGAGCUUCGAGGAGGACAACAAGGCAACAACAGUCCCCAAUGAAAAUCUCACCACCCAAGUAGAGGAUAUAGAGAAAAGGUGGAAUGAUAUCAAGAAUAUAAACCAAGAUCUUGAAAACCACAACACCACCCUCAGGAAUAGCAUUGCUGAAGCACGCUGCAAUCUUGAUCAAUUGUCUGAUAAACUGAAUACUGUGAAAUCAGACGAGGAAGACGAAGAGGAGGAGGGUACAGAUUCACCACAAAGUGAAGCCGAGUCCCUUUCUGAACUCGAUCCAAAGGAAAAUAUUGAAAAGAAAGCAGAAGAUCCUCUGGCUUCAGGCGAUCGUUCUUUAACUUCAACCUCCAGUGCCUCCUCUGUAACAGGAGGAGAGCAAGAAGUUAAAACAGAAGCUGAAAAGCAAGAUCCCGAUGCAGAUGCCACUGUUGCUAAAAAGGAAGAGGAAGCUGCUAAGAAAAAUUCGUCGCCUGUGACUGUGGAUAAAGCAGCAUCAGAGAAAAUUGAGGAGACAGUGGAUAAAGCAGAAGAAUCAAAGAAAAUUGAGGAGACAGUAGAUGAAGCAGAAGAAUCAAAGAAAAUUGAGGAGACGGAGAUGGAGAGGGAGACGAGUACUUCGCCUCAAUCUGGAGAUAGUGAUUCGGAGAAGGAAGCAGAAAUAAUCUUGGAUAAGGAAGAUGAGGCAGACUGGCGGGAGGCAUUUUUGAACGGGAUGGGGGACAAAGAUAGAGCUAUGCUAAAAGAAUAUAAAACGGUUCUCAGGACUUAUAAAGAGCUGAAGAAGAAGAUGGCAGAAAUGGAAAAGAAAGGUAGGGACAGCGAGUUUGAAUUCACAUUGCAGAUUACGGACUUGAAAACUGUAAUUGCAAAGAGGGAUGAAGACAUUCAUAAAUUACGUCAAAAGGUAUUUGCUUUAUCAGCAGCAUCAGGAAAUUGUGCUGGCAACAAAGGAUCAAAGGAAGUGAAGCCAUCAGCAGUACCAGUUCAAACUUUAAAAGCAGCAGAAUCAAGAACCCAGUCCUCAAGAAUCCAGUCCUCAGAAGAUGAUGAUGAUGAUGAUGAUGACUUCAAGAUACCCACCUUGAAUAAACCUGUGCUCUCCCCCGUAGAAGAAAAGCUCCGGAUGGAAAUUGAUGCAAUACUAGACGAAAAUUUGGAGUUCUGGCUAAGGUUCAGCUCCUCGUUUCAUCAGGUACAGAAAUUCAAGACAACAGUCCAGGAUUUGCAGCAUGAACUAUCCAAAGUCAAACAAAAGAAAACAACGCAAGAAAACAGUGUUGAGACACAAGAUCUCAGAACAGAGGUCCGCCCAAUAUUCAAACACCUUAGGGAGAUACACACUGAACUUACGGUAUGGUUAGAGCAAAGCGUGAAGCUGAAGGAUGAAGUUAAGCGCAGGUCGUCAUCUCUGUGUCACAUCCAGGAGGAAAUCACGAAAGCUCUGAAAGAAGGAGUUGAAGGCGAAGAAAUCCAAUUCAGCAGUCACCAAGCUGCAAAGUUCCAAGGUGAAGUCCUGAACAUGAAGCAAGAAAACAACAAAGUCAAUGAGGAACUGCAAGCAGGAGUGGAUCAUGUAACCAUACUUCAAUUAGAUGUGGAGAAGACACUCAAAAGAUUGGGUCAGGAGUUUGGGCUUGGUGGAAAUAAACCACAGUUGUCACACUCAACAAGUAAAUCAAAAAUUCCUCUAGGCUCAUUCAUUUUUGGAAACAAACCCAAGAAACAGAAGAAAUCUGUUUUUUCAUCCUUUAAUCCCAACAAAAAGUACCAGGGCUUGAAAGAACUGUUAUAGAUCUUUCUUGAUCUAUUCAUUUUUUUUUUUCUUUUUUAACCUUUUAAGUUUUAACCCAUUCCUUGUUGAGGUUCUUAUACAUUAUAUAUUCAUGCAUAGAUGUAAAACCCUUUUUUUUCUUUUCUUUUUUAAAUUUCAUAAUUUUCAACACAUUUGGAUACUGAAACUACAAUAUCAUCAUGUAAGUUGUUCAGUAGUGAAAAUAGAUGAGUAUUUGCAUUCCUCAUGUUUCAUAUUAA